GCGCCUUUGCCCACGCCGCCUGCCUUUUGAGACUUCUUCCGGACUGUGGCUCAGAAUGAAAGAGUGGUGGAUCCAAGUCGGUUUGCUGAUGCUGCCCCUGCUUGCUGUUUACCUCCACAUCCCGCCUCCCAAGCUGUCUCCGGCCCUCCAUUCCUGGCGCUCUUCAGGAAGCUUCUUCACCUACAAAACCCAGAACAUCUUUUUCAGAGAUUCGCCCGGCGCUGUCGGGAGUUCGGACAUUGUGGUCCUGUUGCACGGAUUUCCGACCUCGAGUUACGACUGGUACAAGAUCUGGGAAGGGCUCACGCAACGAUUUCAUCGUGUGAUUGCACUGGAUUUUGUGGGGUUUGGCUUCAGCGACAAGCCGCGGCCUCACGCGUACUCCAUCUUCGAACAAGCCAGCAUUGUGGAAGGCCUGUUGCGCCACCUGGGCCUUCUGAAUCAACGGAUCAACCUGCUUUCUCACGACUACGGAGACACCGUCGCCCAGGAGCUCCUCUACAGGUAUGAACAGAAUAGAACGGGAUGCGUCCUCAUCAACAGCCUCUGUCUGUCGAACGGAGGCAUCUUUCCAGAAGCUCAUUAUCCCAGAUUCAUCCAAAAGAUCCUCAAAGAUGGCGGGCUGCUAUCGGCCAUUAUUACUCGGCUAACGAACUAUUUCAUCUUCACCAAAAGCCUGGCCGAGGUCUUUGGCCCGCACACGCAGCCUACGGAGGCCGAAUUGUGGGAUAUGUGGACAGCCCUGCGAACCAACGAUGGAAACCUUGUGGUGGACAGCCUUUUGCACUAUAUCAACCAGCGGGAGCAACACAGAGACCGCUGGGUCGGAGCCCUGCAAUCCACCUCGGUUCCCUUGCAUAUGAUUUAUGGACCUCUGGAUCCGGUCAACCCUCACCACGAAUUUCUUCAGCUUUACAAACAGAUGCUUCCCACGUCGACAGUGACGGUGCUGGAUGAUCACAUCAGCCAUUAUCCGCAACUGGAGGAGCCUCAGGGUUUUCUGAACGCCUACUUAAACUUCAUCAACUCCUUCUGAGCCACCAACACGACGGACGGAAAGCAUUCCCGUUCUUCGGAGGACAAAUUUGGAACUCUGGAGCAAUAGGAAAGGUGUGGGAAGAGCGCGAGGCGAAACUCCGGACGGCGGUGAACCAGCCUUUGAAGCCAUCGCUGCGUCGGCGAGUGCAAUUGAUAGAAUCUAGGUGACGGAUUGGCGGGGGGGGGGAUAUUGGUGGAGGGGCCUGCAGCAUUGGAAGGGAGACCUCCCCCC